AUGGCCGCUCGUCCCGACAGUAUUCCUGUCGAUAAAGUAGAAAGUCUACUAUGUUGUUCUAUUUGCCUCGAACGACUACAAGACCCACGUACGUUGCCAUGUUUUCAUUCGUAUUGCAAACAUUGCUUGGAGAAUUUCGUGGCGAAACACCGCGAGAAAGCUGCCAAAGCCGGCAAGAAGAUCGAAGAAUUCGAGUGUCCUUCCUGCAGAUCUCUUUUCUGUUUGAAAGAGCACGAAGAAGUCGCCAAUAUACGCGGCAGUCAUUUCAUUCGAAACAUGGUUGAUGUCUUGAACGCCGAACGCGAAGCGAAUGUCUGGAAGUGUUCAAAUCACAGCGAGAAGCCUUCGUGUUGUCGUUGCGUGUCGUGUGAAGCAUUCCUGUGCGAGGAAUGCCUGAAAAUACAUGAAAAUUGGUCCACGUUCAAGGGCCAUUCAGUUCUCACGUUAGAAGAGUUAAAAAAGCCUGAAAAUCAGUCAAAAAUCACAG